UUAGGCCAUUAUUUGAACUCAUCCGCUUGAUUUGAGAGCAGAAUUCAGGCAGGGAACGUCAGCUUAUCUAGUGUAGACAGCAGUGUCAGUGUGGUAUUUGUCAGCAGUUCUUUUAAUUGCGAAGGUUUAAUUCAGUAAUUAAUAAAAUUAAUUGUCUAAUUUAAAACUUAAUUAUACUUUUUCUUUCCACCUCAGUAACCUGCAAACUCACAAAGUUCAGCAGGAACACCAGAAACUUUCCUUCUCUUUUUAAGUACCAGUCCUCUUGGCUUUAUAUCCUUCCCCUGUCUUAGUGCAGCCUCUUCGUCUCUGCCCCGCUCAUGAAGGCCACUGGAUUCCUCUGCCGGUCGCAAGCCUCGACGGCGGUUUGCAUCCCUGGCGAUCCGCUGUCGAUGAUAGUGCCAUGUCGACCGGAACAGGCACUCAUCGACUUGAAGUAUUCCCGCCUUGUCGACUCCCGGAGACUCAACUCCGGUGACCGGAAUCGAGCAGUCACCCUCCCGAUGGUCACAAAGAAGCAAAGGUCCGACUUGCCGCCAUGGCCCACAGCUGUUUCUGCUGCCGCUGCUACUACUACUACAGCCAAUGAACAUAUCUUCCAAGUGGUGGUCAUGAGAGUUUCAAUCCAUUGUCAAGGAUGCGCAGGAAAAGUGAGGAAACAUAUCUCUAAAAUGGAAGGUGUGACAUCCUUCAGCAUAGAUCUGGAAUCCAAGAGAGUAACAGUGAUGGGGCAUGUGUCCCCUGUUGGGGUCCUGGAGAGCAUAUCAAAGGUGAAAAAGGCUGAGUUCUGGCCAUGCUCAUGAAUUCAACUCGACAUGGUUUUUCAGCAUCACACAGUUUCAAAAGUGCAAGAGCUUUUGAGCAUCAUAAGACAGAUCAUGCUUUUCUUCCGGGUGGCAGAGUCUCCUUUAUGUUGUAAUAUAAGUAUUCUUAUCAGAACCAGUCUUUAACUAUCA